GUGAGACAAAUUAGACUUCUCCGUACGGUUCCUCGAGUCGCUCUCGUGGUACUUUGACGUCAUUCGCAUUCGAACACACCUGUAUCCGCCACUACUUGUACCACGUGACCUCUACAAACAUUCCCAGUAUGUUGUUACUCGACGCACCUUCUGUGUUAUUUAGCUGAAGCAUUAACAUGUAACUUAAUGUUGUUUUAUGAUUUUUUUACAGCUGGCAAAACUAUUCUUUUAAGCGGGUUUAAUUUAAUGUUCUUCCUGUUGCCCAGUUUGAGGAUAUGGACAGCGUCGAGUUGAAGUUGCGUUGUCAUCAUAAAAUAAUGGUAAUUAACGUUACGAUAACGCGUGAACGUAGCAUUUGAAAGAAAAAGUUAAAACGCGUCAUGACGUCACCCGUUGCUAUAGUAACGAUUUCACGCGUAAAGACGCGCUGCAGGAUGCGUUGCAGUCCAUGGACCGAAGCGGCCAUGACCACACGGAUAGAUCAGCUCGCCCGGCCCAAACCCAACCUGCUUAAAUUUCCAGACAGGCGCUCAGUAUACUGGCUUGAUGAACUACCAGCUGAAACAAAGAAAACCUCCACUACUGGGUUUGAACUGACUCCUCGCUUAGAGCAGCUUGCCCAGAGCAAACAACCAAGCCGUUAUUUGGAGGAGAGCAGGGGACAAGAAUGGGUGGUUAGUGCAGCAGCGUUGAAGGCACAUCCUUCCCAAAGAGUCUGUUCGCUGGCAUUGCCUCGUCUACCUGCUAAAGGCUGGCAGCCCGAUCGGCCCCUGUUAACCACUUUAAGCGAUGCGGUUAAAUCUGCCAGGGCGAGUCCGAGGAUCUGUCAGCUGGCACAACCGAAGCACGUGAAGAUGAUGUCGACCAACUUAAGUGCUGAAUCAAGUUUCCACACCAUCACCGUUCCCACAGCGACACCUGCACGUGUACUGCAGCUGGCCUCCCCUAAACAGGUCCAUCCACAGCACGUUCUCGCCCGGCCCGUAUCUUGGCCGAUUCCCAAACAUGUUCUGAAAGCUUCAGCCAGUAACAGACUGCACGACCUGGCUCGACCAAAGACCCGUCAGGCCCUGUUUGAGGGCUAUGACCCUUACAGAGUCACCCCUGCUGCUCGGGCGGCCACUGCCUCUCCAAGAUUACUGGAGCUUUCAUUACCCUUACCACGGAAAUGUAAAGGCUAAUAAACGCUCGUUCCUCUA